AUGAAUACAAGUCAAAUGUUACCAAUCGAUGAUUAUUCAAUGAAUAAAUCAUCAGGUAGAAUAUAUCGUUAUUUAAGUUAUAAUAAAGCACCACUAUUAUUUCCAUUUAGUAAUGGUUUAUCUUAUUCAAAAUUAAUAAUUUUUCCUAAUCAAAUAAGUAAUGUUGAUACUGAUAUUAUAGCAAAUAUAAGUAUCAUAAAUGAAGGUCCAUUUCCUGCACAAUUUAUUAUACAAUUAUAUUAUGAAUUUUCAAAUUCAACAGUAAUUGAAUUACUGAUGCGUGAAUUAUUAAAAUUUACUAAAAUAACAUUUUUGAAAAAAAUUAACAAAAAACUAUUUCAUUUACCUUUCGUAUUAGAAAUAUUCCAAAUUCAAAUCGACAACAAUUACCAGGUAUUAUUUUUUUUUUGGAUUGGUAAUAGUUGUCAUAGAUAUGCACAAACAGCACUUAUUAUUGAUUUUGAUUCAUAA